AGCGCGUAUAUAAAGAGGCGCAGAGCGGCUUGCGUCAGUGUUUGCAGAACUCACUGCGGACACUAUCAGCUGUUGCACUUAUUCCGCUUUUUACACGGCUUUGUUAGUUGCUGAUCAUUAUUACGGACUAUUUUUUCGCGGAAAACUACCGAUAGUUCAUCACAUCUGAAGACAUUAACGUGCAUAAUAUCGUCAUUUUAAAACUGAACAAUGCCAGAGCAGCUGAUUUCCAGCCUUUCAUCUGAAGACUCAAGUCUCCCAUCCACACCAACAUCGGACGCUCCAUCCAAACGCUUGUCCUGGAGCAGACUGAUGCAGAAACUGCACAGCAGCCAAAGCCUAGACUCUGAUUCAGACAAUCACAGCAGCGCAGACAAUGCAUCAGAUGCAGGUUCCAUAUCCCUAGCCGAUCUGUCCGAUUCCGAAUUGUUUUUUGACCCCGCCGAAGAGGCCUUGUGCAAGGAAGUGGUGCAGCUCAUCGCACUUAACCUGACCAACGCCAAAGACUGCGUCCUGCACUGCUCCAAGCUCCUCAUUCCCGAGACGCUCCUGGAGCACAUCGGUCAGGAGCUGGUGCAUCUGUCGGUCAGCGAGCCCUGUGGCCUUCGUGGUGCCCUCGUUGACCUCUGCAUGGAGCAGGAUGGCAGCUGCGAAGCCGUGGGACAAAUCGCAGUCGACCCCUACCUAGUGCCCACCUUCCAGCUCACACUCGUGCUGAGGCUCGACUCCAGGGGCUUCUGGCCGAAAAUCCAGGGGCUUUUCACCGGCAGAUCGCCUUCGUCUCCGGUUGUUAGACGUGCACUUAAACUGAGCACUGGAUUUCGAGUUAUUAAAAGGAAACUGUACAGCUCUGAAGAGCUUUUGAUUGAAGAAUGCUGAGCUCGACCGAUUGAAUGUCCAAGCCAUGGAUUUUACCAGGGUUUUAAAUGAAGCUUGGUCUCACAAGAGGCCUGAGAUGUUGUAAUGCAAAUGUAGGGUCUAUAAAAGACUUCGAUACAAUAAAGUGUUUAUUAUGUUGUACUUUUGCUGACGUUCUAGUGAAGCAGGAGUUUUGUGCUGCUGUUCAAAUGUUUACCUCAGGUUCAUGGAAACCAGACGUGGCAGCUAUUUUCCAUGUUAUGAACUUUUUUUUUUUUUUUUUGUUUUUUUUUUUUUUUUUUAUUCAAGUGCCGAUUUGUUCAAAGAUGUGUAACAAAGUGUCUGGAUGCAGUUAUUGUUCUCUUAGAUCAAACGGAAGUU